AUGCCNAAUGGCUCUCUCACCAUGCGGCAGUGCAUCUUAAAAAUUGGAAGGACACAAGGCAUUCCGGGCUUUUACAAGGGCAUCACUGCCUCCUACUACGGGAUAUCAGAGACAAUGAUCCACUUUGUGAUCUACGAAUACGUUAAACGAUACCUAGUCGAGUAUGGCGGGAGCACGCUGGCGGAAGACAGGACUUUCUCAGACUUCUUCAGGUUCAUGGCUGCCGGCGCGAUUUCCAAGACCAUUGCUUCCUGUAUUGCAUAUCCACACGAAGUUGCCAGGACGCGACUGAGAGAAGAAGGCAACAAGUAUAAAUCGUUCUUCCAGACGCUAGGCACGGUGCUACGUGAAGAGGGUCGGCGCGGUCUGUACCGCGGCCUCGGAACGCAACUCGUCCGCCAAAUUCCAAACACCGCCGUCAUGAUGUCAACGUAUGAGGCCACAGUGUACGUCUUGACGAAAUUCUGUGGCAACGGUUACCAUGACGACGAUGAUUAUGAUAAUGAUUGAAGGACGCAUGCGCGAAGGAAGGGGUGUGAAGUAAAAGGGGAGAGUAUGUUCGAAAUCCAUUUCAGUUUCCGGCGUUUGUCGAGAAUUGUCGAGAAAUUCUGCUGAGGAGAGGACAUGAAAUGGGUGCUGUUAGUUCAUCGAAGCAUUGCUGCUGAUGACCGUCUUGGAAAGUCUAUAAGGACGGAAGUCUCUACGCCUGUCAAUAAGAUUCAUAUAGAGUCGAUACGGUCAAUAAGGUUCAUAUAUAGAAUGGAUAUUGUCAAUAAGAUUCAUAUAGAGCCCAUACACGUGUUUUACAGCAUAUUGUUCUAUCAUUUAUUUUAUUUGGUUGUUUAUUUAUUUAUUUGGUUUAUUUUAUACAAGUAUGUUUAAAGUAAAAAAAAAGUUUUGUAUCUUUGAAAUGUGCUGGAAGUGACAGCGGUCAACAAAAAAACCUUCUUCCAUAUUUUUCUACUUAAAAUACGUAAGGCUGUGUUCAUGUUCUUGCAUAAUUGUGAUUAUUUAUUUUAAAGCAAAAUUUUACUGAAAGUUAUUUUUACUACGUUUUGUUUACAGAAAAUCUGUACAUUGUUUCACUUGCAGUGUUUUCUUGCCAAAAAUA